GUGAACAGCAGCACAGCGUGUGCAGGGAGGGUAGAGGUCCAGGUGCUGGGGACCUGGGGGACCCUCUGUGCCUCCCACUGGGAUCUCUCGGAUGCCCAUGUUCUCUGUCGUCAACUCAACUGCGGGUUUGCUGAGUCCGUUCCUGGAGGAGAGCAUUUUGGGAGAGGGACUGGCCCUGUCUGGAGAGACUCAUUCCACUGUGAUGGGACAGAAGCCCAUCUGGGACAGUGCCCAGUGAUCACCCUGGGGGCCUCACCAUGCUCCCACGGGAACAACGCUGCUGUCGUUUGCGCAGGCUCAGCCGGCUUUGCAUCCCUGCGGCUGGUGGGUGGAGGGAGCCGGUGCGAUGGACGAGUGGAGAUCUUCCAGAAGGGGACAUGGGGCAGAGUCCUGGAUGACCAGUGGGACAUGCAGGAGGCCAGCGUGGUGUGCCGGCAGCUGCGGUGCGGAGAGGCAGGGACAGCCUACAACCCCCCAAAGCCUGAGCGAGGGACCGGCCCUGUGGGGCUGCGAGGGGUCCGGUGCGCAGGGCACGAGGCCAGCCUGGCCCUCUGCAACACCUCCCUGCCCGAGAGUGCACCGGCGGCAGGGGUUGCGGAGGACGUGGGAGUCAUCUGCUGGGGGAGCCGGAGGGUCCGGCUGGUGAACGGGUCCGGGCGCUGUGCUGGGAGAGUGGAGAUCUACUACCAGGGCAUCUGGGGGACUGUCUGUGACGAUGGCUGGGACCUGUCUGAUGCCGCCGUCGUUUGCCACCAGCUGGGCUGUGGAGGGGCAGUGGAGGCAGCCGGCUCCGCUCAGUUCGGGGAAGGCUCCGGGCAGAUCUGGCUGGAUGGCGUGAACUGCUCUGGGGCUGAAGCUGCUCUCUGGGACUGCCCUGCCAGGCCCUGGGGGCAGCACGACUGCGGGCACAAAGAGGAUGCGGGAGUCAUCUGCUCAGAGUUCGUGGCCCUGAGGCUGGAGAACAGUGAUGGCUGCUCCGGGCGCCUGCAGGUUUUCUACAACGGGACGUGGGGCAGCAUUUGCUCCAACUUGAUGACUCUCGACACGGUGUCGCUGGCAUGCAAGGAGCUGGGCUGCGGGGAUGGAGGAUCCCUGGAAAGAAGCCUGCCUUAUGGCAAUGUGUCUGGUCUUACAUGGCUGGAUAACAUGCAGUGUGGGGAGAAAACCAGCUCCUUCUGGCAGUGUCCCUCUGCUCCCUGGAACCCACAGUCAUGUGAAGACCCACGAGAGGAGAUCCACAUCACCUGCAAUGACAGGGAGAAGAUUCGUGCCGUGGGAGGUGAGGACGGGUGCUCGGGCAGAGUGGAGGUCUGGCACCGUGGCUCUUGGGGGACGGUGUGCGACGACUCCUGGGACAUGCGGGAUGCUGAGGUGGCGUGCAGGCAGCUGGGCUGCGGCCCCGCAGUGUCUGCCCUGCAUGAGGCUGCGUUUGGGAUGGGGACGGGCCCCAUCUGGCUGGAGCAGGUGGAGUGCCGGGGGACAGAGCUGUCUCUGCAGGACUGCUGGGCCCGGCCUGGGGAUGGUGGUGCUUGCCGGCAUAAGGAAGAUGCUGCGGUGAACUGCUCAGGUGAGACAGCAGCAUCCCCACCCCAAGCAGAUUCCCCCCGGGGCCGUCUGACUGGCAGCAGGAGAGUCUCAGUGCCUGUCAUCAUCUGCAUCAUCCUGGGGGCCCUUCUCUGCCUGCUCCUGGCCCUCCUGGCUGGGCAAGCACUAAGCACCAGGGCUGGGCGCAGAGGCUCCAGGAGUGCUCAGGAGAUGUUCCCUGAGGCUGUGUACGAGGAGAUUGGUUACAGCCCAGUGUGGGAGAAGCAGGCGAGGUUUGGGCGCUCAGACCCCAUGGGAGAGCAGCAUUCCCAGGGUGAGACCCCCACGGUGAUGGGUGACAUACAGGGGUACUGCAAACACAGCCUCCAUCCCCUGGAAAACUCCCAUGGGGGCAAGCUCCAGUCCUGCAUCUCAGAGAAGGAAGCUCCCGAGGACCUGCCUGAGGGGGGUCACAGUGAGACCCCCGAGUCUCAGCACUGCAGGCCCCAUGCUGGGCAGAGCUUGGCUGUUUAA